GAUCAAAUCUUAAUGGGAUCAUCAUAGUUAAGCCAUUAACCACAUCACACUAUACUCUAUCUCACUCAUUCGUACACUUCGAAUUGUACAUCAAUCAGUUUGAAUAAUUUUACAUUUCAGUUACCAUGGCCACACUACCAAGCAGGGGAUUCUGUCUGUUGGCUUCAGCGAUGGCGCUGUUCAUCCUGGAGGCUGAGGGCUGUCGUGUUGGCAACUGGUCCGAGUGUGAAAAGGUUCCCUUCGUCCCGGGCCACAACCUGGCCGGUGAAGGUUUUGACGUUGUGCGGAUGCGUCGAACCGGGGCGUACGUCAUCAAUGUCAAAGAUCACCUGAGCGCCAAUCGCACCUGCACGCUCUGUCCCAAUCGAUUCCACGCCGGACAGGUGGAGAAGCUCCCAGCGGUGGUGUUGGACUGGCGGCAUUUCAGACACUGCAGGAAGCAGCUCUUUGGCGCCCUGCACCACUCAGUGAACUCCCUGAUAAAGAGCUCCAGCUCCAUGGUUAAAAAUAACUGGGGCGUAGGUCUGAGCCUGAAGGAUGUGGGCAAGGCCGUGCUUGGCGGUAGCCGCUCAGAAAUGGCCAAGUUCGCCCAUUCGCAGAACAGCGUGGACAAGGCCACGUUCGCUGUCCACGAGAUCAGCUGCACCUACUACAGCUACAGACUUGCUGACCACCCUCAGCUCAGCAAAGAGUUCUCCAAUCAUCUGAGACGCCUCCCACAGAGCUCUGGUUCUCCUAAGAAUAGAGCACUAUACAGACGACUUAUAGACACCUACGGAACACACUACAUACACCAGGUGAAACUCGGUGGUACAGUAAGGAGAGUCACAGCCUUCAGGACCUGCCUGGCCACAUUGAAGGGUUUCUCCGAGUUUGAGAUCAAGAACUGCCUGAAUAUUGAACUGAAGAUGUCCCUGGGUUUCCUACCCCCCAACACCUCCUUCUCCAACACCUUCUCCAACAAAUGUGAUACCCUCAUCAAGGGCAACGUGAACAUGGGCUUCUACCAAGGAUUCAUGACCCACAAGAUCGAAGUCAUUGGUGGAGAGAGGUAUUUCCCAGGCAUCCCCUAUGACCAAGAUCCAUCAGAGUCCUACCACAGCUGGAUCAACAGCCUCCAUGACAAUCCUGAUGUGGUUUCCUAUGCCAUAUUCCCUCUGCACCAUCUGGUGGAGGACCCAGAAGUCAAGGAGAACCUCAAGAGUUUUGUCAUGGAAUACAUCAAGGAAAACCGGCUCAAGGAAGAACACCUGGGUCCUAAGAACUGUUCCCCGAGCCCAAACCUGGAUCACAACUGCUGCCCGCUCCGGGCAGGAAGGGGGACGCUGAAGUUGGAGAUUCACCGAGCAGCAGGUCUAAUUGGGGACCGAUUCACACAGGCCGAUGCCUAUGUGAAGAUCUUCUACAACAACAUUUAUGAGGAGACAGCGACGGUGAUGGACGACGAUGACCCCGUGUGGAACGCCAAGUACGACUUUGGCUCUGUGGAGAUGGGCUAUCAGCUGCGGUUCGAGGUGUGGGAGAGGGAUGUGUUCUUUGAUGACGAGGCAGGGAGAUGCGUGGUCUUCCCAGAGCGAGGCACUCACUCUCUGAGCUGUCAACUAAACAAUGGAGUUCUGUACUUCACCUACACUUCAACUUGUGAUCCCCACCUUAUCGGCGACAGGUGCGGACGUUACUCGCCCAAUGCAGAGUAGAUGAAUGUACUCACUUUUUUAAAUCUAUGGGAUUAUUGGUAUACAAAACAUAUAUUUUGAUUCACCUACUAAGUAAGAAGCAAGCAUAAUAAUUGUCUCCUCCCGUUAUUAAGCAUGCAUAAUCAUUUUCUACCUAUAAGACGUUUUCACACAUUUUUGCCGCAUCAGUAUAUCAGGAGAUUCUACCCUGAGGGUGAUUGACAGUGAUUGCUUUAUAUGUGGACAUCGAUGUCGUUAGACAUCAGUAGAAUCCACGGGGGGUUUAGGGGGGUGGGCUUGCAAUGAGAGGAAUAUGACGUACGGUCUAAAUUCGCAAGAGGCGGGAUAAGUGUGGCCGCUGUCACUGUAGUUUGUUUGACCGCAGACAAAAUAGAGGCAGAACUCAUCGCCAUCAUUUUAAAUGUUGCUAAAAUGAUGCAUCAUAUAGUCCGUUGCAUUCACAACAUCCGAAGCAUCGAUCGAUGAAAGAUUGGAGCAUGAGUUGGAGACAAAUAGAAGUAACGACAAAGAAGAAAGGUGUCGCGAACGACACCUUGCGUUACCGGAGAAAGGGAGCGUAUAUUUUUGCUUCAUUUCAAAUAUAACACUUAGACAAAUGUAGUUGAUUUCGCUGUUUUCCCUGAGAAAACAGGGAGUGCAAGGACGGGACCUUAUAAUGUUCAGUUAUUACCGACUGUUGUCAGUAAUAAUAAUAAAAAAAACAUUUUCUAAACA